AUGGCACCGCCCCAAAAUCAGGGGCGUCGUGUACCAUCAGAAGAUGAUUUCACCGACGAAGAUGAAGCUACGCCGCUAAAUCAAGAAAUUUACGGUGGAAGUCAAAAAGUAUCGUCGGAAAGUACGAGAGGAUGGGACGUUUUCAGGAAUCCUCCACCAAAAAUCGACAGCGGUUCCAUGGCCAAUCAAAGAUGCCUGGACAUGACGAUGCAAGUUUUAAAAGUCAUCGCGUAUUUGUUCACGUUCAUAAUCGUAUUGGUAUCGGGUGUCGUGGCAAAAGGAACCUUUUUACUCAUGACCUCUCAAUUGCGAGAGGAUAGAGUUAUACCGUAUUGUAAUAAAAAAUUAGGACGAGAUAUGCAGUUUGUCGUAAGCCUUCCAGAGGUUGAAAGAACGGCAUGGAUGUGGGCUCUAGUCGUAGCAUUUACAAUACCUGAAUUAGGUACCCUAAUUCGAUCCUUGAGGAUAUGCUUUUUUAAAUCAUCCGUCAAACCUAGAUUUUCAACAUUGCUUUUCGUCGGACUCAUGGAAUCAUUACACACGUUCGGAAUGGCUCUCCUAGUCUUUGUGGUACUUCCGGAAAUAGACGUCGUAAGGGGUGCCAUGUUGACAAAUUGCGUUUGUUUAGUACCCGGUGUUUUAGGUAUUUUAUCUCGUAAUAACAAAGAACCAAAAAAAUUUGUCAAAUCAAUCGUUGAUUUUCUUGCAAUUGUCGCACAAGCAACAGGUUUGAUUGUUUGGCCUUUAUUAGACGGUGGUAAAAGGCCAAAAAUUUGGGUGAUACCCAUUUCGAUAACUUUGAUAUCGUGCGGAUGGUGGGAAAAUUACACCACAAAACAAUCGAGAAUAGGUUUUAUGAAAUAUUUAGGAUCGAUAAAAGAAGAAUUGGUUAAAAAAGCUCGUUAUUCAACAUAUGCAGUUAUUUCAGUAUGGAAAAUAUUAUUUUUUUUCGGUUCGACCGUAUUGUUAAUAUUUAUGAAGGGUGAAAACGUCAGUAAUUUUUUUAAAUUAUUAAUACCGUCUUUACAACCGCAUAAAAUUAUGGUUUCGGAGAAUUUGGUUAAAAUUCAAAGUGGUACAUUACCGGAUCUACAAGAUCUCACAUUGACAGGUGAUACCGUCGAUAUUGAUGCAUCUUAUCAUGCUGCCAUUUAUAUAUUAUUAAUACACGUUCAAGCCGGUUAUUUAUGUUAUGUAUUCGGAAAAUUUGCAUGUAAAAUAUUAAUUCAAGGAUUCAGUUACGCUUUUCCAGUUAAUUUAACCAUACCUAUUGCAAUUUCUUUACUAAUUGCCGCUUGCGGAUUAAGAAACGAAGAUCCUUGUUUUUAUCAGGGAUUUUUACCCGAUUAUUUAUUUUUCGAAUCUCCAAACGUUUUCUAUUUGGACGAAUUUAUUUUCAAACAGCACGGUUGGAUUUGGAUAUUAUGGCUACUGUCACAAACAUGGAUAACUCUUCACAUUUGGACUCCAAAAUGCGAAAGAUUGGCCACAACGGAAAAACUUUUCGUCACUCCCAUGUAUUCCUCUCUCUUGAUCGAUCAAUCUUUAGGAUUAAAUAGAAGAAGAGAUGACGAAGCGGAUGUUAAAACAGAGGUCAGUGUGAAAUAUACAAAAGAAAAAGGUGAUGAACAUUACGAAACGAUAUCGGUUCAAACUGACGGGAGUUCCACGGCUCCAAAAUCAAAUGUUAAAUCAUCUGACCAUAUCACAAGAAUAUUUGCUUGUGCUACCAUGUGGCACGAAACAAAAGAAGAAAUGAUGGAAAUGUUGAAAUCGAUUUUGCGAUUAGAUGAAGAUCAAUGUGCAAGAAGAGUUGCUCAAAAAUACCUUAGAGUAGUCGAUCAGAAUUAUUACGAAUUCGAAACUCAUAUUUUCUUUGACGAUGCAUUCGAAAUAGAAGAUGAACAAACUGAAAACGUUAUCGUUAAUCGUUUCGUUAAAUUGUUAGUUGCAACGAUGGACGAAGCUGCUCAAGCCGUUCAUCAAACGAACAAUAUUAGAAUUAAACCACCUAAAAAAUAUCCUACUCCAUACGGUGGACGUCUCGUCUGGACUUUGCCAGGAAAAACUAAAAUGUAUGCUCACUUAAAGGAUAAAUCGAAAAUAAGACAUAGGAAACGUUGGAGUCAAGUCAUGUACAUGUACUAUCUACUGGGUCAUAGAUUAAUGGAACUUCCUAUUUCUGUCGAUCGAAAAGAAGUUAUGGCUGAUAACACUUACCUUCUUACUCUUGAUGGUGAUAUUGAUUUUCAACCUCAAGCCGUGCAAUUGCUUGUAGAUUUAAUGAAGAAAAAUAGAAACUUGGGAGCUGCAUGCGGUCGUAUACAUCCCGUCGGUUCAGGGCCUAUGGUAUGGUAUCAAAUGUUUGAAUAUGCUAUUGGGCAUUGGCUUCAAAAAGCUACAGAACAUAUGAUCGGAUGUGUACUUUGUAGUCCUGGUUGUUUCUCUCUUUUCCGUGGUAAAGCUUUAAUGGAUGAUAAUGUAAUGAGAAAAUACACAACGAAAUCAGAAGAGGCCAGACAUUACGUGCAAUACGAUCAGGGAGAAGAUCGGUGGCUUUGUACUUUACUCUUACAAAGAGGAUAUCGUGUUGAAUAUUCGGCUGCAAGUGACGCUUACACUCACUGUCCAGAAAGUUUCAAUGAAUUUUACACGCAACGUCGUCGAUGGGUACCCUCAACUAUGGCUAACAUUAUGGAUUUGCUUAUGGAUUAUAAAAGAACAAUUAAAAUAAACGACAACAUUUCCUUACCUUAUAUAUUUUAUCAAAUGAUGUUGAUGGGUGGUACCAUUUUAGGACCCGGUACCAUAUUUCUUAUGUUGGUGGGAGCUUUCGUAGCAGCUUUCAAAAUCGACAAUUGGACUUCUUUCUAUUAUAACAUUAUUCCUAUACUUCUUUUUAUGGUCGUUUGUUUCUUGUGUAAAGGACCCAUACAACUUAUAGUCGCGCAAAUACUGUCAACGGGAUACGCGUUAGUUAUGAUGGCUGUCAUAGUCGGUACGGCACUUCAAUUGGGCGAGGACGGUAUCGGUUCUCCUUCUGCAAUAUUUUUGAUAGCGCUGUCGGGAUCGUUUUUCAUAGCAGCGUGUUUACAUCCGCAAGAAUUUUGGUGUAUUGUUCCUGGUUUGUUGUAUCUUUUAGCCAUUCCGUCUAUGUACUUGUUGCUUAUUCUUUACUCCAUUGUGAAUUUGAACGUCGUCACGUGGGGUACGAGAGAAGUGCAAACUAAAAAAACGAAAAAGGAACUGGAAGAGGAACGAAAAGCCGCGGAAGAAGCUAAAAGAAAAGCUAGACAAAAUUCACUUUUGGGAUUUUUACAAGGAAUCGGUACCGGUGAUAAUAAUGAAGAAGGUUCGUUAGACAUAUCCUUUGCUGGAUUGUUCAGGUGCAUGUUUUGCACACAUCCAAAAACCAUCGAUGAAAAAGAACAACUUUUAAGAAUCGCUGAAUCAUUGGAAGAAGUUCAGAAAAGGAUGGAAAAUAUCGAAAGACAUGUUGAUCCACAUGCUGCUGCUUCAGGACGACGAAGAACGACUUCCACAAGUAGUAGAGAUCAUCUUCAUUCUCAUCAUGAAGCACCAGAAGAAGAUCAAGAAGGUGAAGACGAUAGCGAAACUGUAUCCACAGAACCGAAAAACGACCGCGACGAUUUAAUGAAUCCAUAUUGGAUAGAAGACAAAGCUUUAAAAAAAGGCGAAGUCGACUUUUUACCACAAGCAGAAAUCAAAUUUUGGCAGGAACUUUUGGAAAAGUAUUUGUAUCCGAUUGAUGAAGAUAAAGAUGAAAAGGCAAAAAUCUCCCGCGAAUUAAAAGACCUACGAGAUAGAUCCGUUAUGGGAUUCUUUAUGAUCAAUGCUUUAUUCGUCUUAAUCGUAUUUUUACUUCAACUCAACAAAGACAACCUUCAUGUAAAUUGGCCAUUUGGAGUCAAGACAAACAUCACGUACGAUAGUUCUACCCAAGAGAUUCUUAUAUCGAAAGAAUAUUUGCAAUUGGAACCCAUCGGUUUGGUUUUCGUCUUUUUCUUCGCUUUAAUUCUCGUAAUACAAUUUACCGCCAUGUUGUUUCAUCGAUUUGGUACAUUGUCACAUAUUUUGGCUUCUACGACUUUGAACUGCUGUAGUAAAAAGAUCGAAGAUUCUUCGGAAACUUUGCUUUCGAAACACGGGGUCGAUAUCGUUAAAAAUCUACAAAGAAUUCGAGGUUUGGAUGGAGAAUACGACAACGAUUCAGGUUCGAGUUCAGGAAAUGUCGGCAGACGAAAAACAAUACACAAUUUGGAAAAUAACAUGAAGAGAAAAAGAACGAUCGGUACUUUAGAUGUUGCGUUCAAGGAAAGAUUUUUCAAAAUGAAAGAAGAAAAUGGAAAACUUUUCAACGGAACGCCAAUUUUGGGAAGGAGCAUGAAUCAUUUGAAAAAGGAAACAAUAAAAGCGUUGGAAGUUAGAAGAAAUACUGUAAUGGCAGAAAGAAGAAAAUCUAAAAUGCAAACAUUAGGAGCAAAUGGAGAUAUUUACGGAGGUGGUAGCAUAUAUGGAGUCACGCCAUCAGUCAAUGGUAGAAGUCAUAGAAGUUCGAAUGCUGGAAUUAACGUUCGUGACGUUUUUUCUGACGUACCCGGUGGACAAAUAAAUCGAGCUUUUGAUACGUCACAUGAUUUAAUAUCAGAAGACGAAAUUGAAAAUUCAAAUGAUAUGAGACUGAGAAACGUUGGUAGAAGCUCAGUUACCUGGAAGUCUGAAGUACCAUCGAGAAAUCGUUUGUAA